AUGAGCUCAUCAUCAUCAUUAUCAUCAUCAACACCACCAUCACCAUCAUCAUCACCAUCAUCAUCACCACCACCACCACUACCACCAGUACCAUCAUCGAAUAACAUCAUCGAUCAAUUUCACAUCACGCUCAAUGUAUCAUAUGGUAUUUAA